AUGCCUCGUAUUAUGAUAAAGGGUGGGGUUUGGCGGAAUACGGAGGAUGAAAUUCUGAAAGCGGCCGUGAUGAAAUAUGGCAAAAAUCAGUGGAGCAGAAUAGCAUCACUGUUACAUAGAAAGUCUGCUAAACAAUGCAAAGCUCGUUGGUUUGAAUGGUUGGACCCCAGUAUCAAAAAAACCGAGUGGAGCAGGGAGGAAGAUGAGAAGUUGCUUCAUCUUGCGAAAUUAAUGCCUACCCAGUGGCGAACAAUUGCACCCAUAAUUGGAAGAACUGCCGCGCAGUGCUUAGAACGAUAUGAAUAUUUGCUUGACCAAGCACAAAAGAAAGAAGAAGGAGACGAUGCCGCUGAUGAUCCUCGUAAACUUAAGCCCGGGGAAAUUGAUCCUAAUCCAGAAACAAAGCCAGCCCGGCCAGAUCCUAAAGAUAUGGAUGAAGAUGAAUUGGAGAUGUUGUCCGAGGCACGCGCCAGACUCGCAAACACUCAGGGGAAGAAGGCGAAACGCAAGGCGCGUGAAAAGCAAUUGGAAGAGGCACGUAGGCUCGCUGCCUUGCAGAAACGUAGAGAGUUGAGAGCCGCCGGCAUUACAAUAUCACAAAAGAACAAACGGAAACGCGGUGUCAACUACAACACGGAGAUACCGUUUGAGAAACGACCCGCGCCCGGUUUCUACGACACUUCGAACGAGCACGUCGAUCCGCUAGCGAUCGACUUCUCGAGGAUGAGGCAACAGCAUUUGGACGGCGAGCUCAGACAAGAGAAGGAAGAGAUGGAGCGCAGGAAGGAUAAGCAGAAACUGAAGCAACGGAAGGAAAACGAUAUACCUAUGGGUAUGCUCAACAAUGAGGAGCCCAUAAGGAAAAGGAGCAAAUUGGUUCUGCCAGAACCGCAAAUCUCCGACCAAGAAUUACAGCAAGUUGUGAAGCUCGGCCGGGCGUCGGAGGUCGCGCGAGAAGUUGCAACUGAGAGUGGUAUCACGCUGUCCGACAGCUUGCUGGCUGAUUAUUCCUUGCCUACAAACGCAGCGGUAACGCCACGCACACCGGCCGUCACGGACAGAAUAUUGCAGGAAGCUCAAAACGUCAUGGCUCUUACACACGUGGACACGCCACUGAAGGGAGGACUGAACACUCCGCUCAACAACCCGGACUUCACCGGUGUCGCGCCACCUACCAAUGUCGUUGCGACGCCGAAUACGAUUUUAACAACUCCGUUUCGCUCGCAACGCAGCGACGGGACGAAUACAUUCAACACACCGGGCGGGGCGUCAGUGCGGACGCAAAACGGCGUUUUGGUGGCGACACCCGUCCGUGAUAAGCUCAACAUUAAUCCGGACGAAAGUGCGGACGGCUCGGAAACUCCGCUCAUACAAACGCAAGCGAGGAGCACGUUGCGCGCGGCACUGAGCUCCCUACCGGCGCCUUGCAACGAUUACGAGAUAGACAUGCGCGACGAAGAAAUAAACGAGGAGAGUGCCAGCAUGCCGGCAACUGCUGAUAUGAUCGAGGACCAAGCGGACGUCGACGCGAGACAACAACAGGAAUUGAUAGAAGAAAAGAAAAGAGAAUUGGCACGCAGAUCGCAAGUGAUACAAAGAGAGUUACCGCGUCCUGUGGAUGUGAAUAUGAAUAUUUUAAGACCUUAUAUGGACACACCGUUAACUGACUUGCAAAGGGCGGAAGAAUUGAUAAAAAGAGAAAUGAUCACAAUGCUGCACUACGAUUCGCUGCAGAACCCGACGAUGCCGAAUCGGAAGGGUGCCGCGAUGUCAUUGGCUCAGGCACAAGCCUAUUUGGACCAACAUCCAUACGAUACCUUCGAGGAAGUCGAGCUUCUCACCGCUAAGAAAAUGUUAGGCGACGAAAUGGCAGUCGUAAAGGAAGGAAUGGCGCACGGAGAAUUGAGCUUAGACGCUUACACUACAGUGUGGGAAGAGUGUUUGUCGCAAAUUUUGUAUCUGGAAACGCAAAAACGAUACACUCGCGCGACACUAGCCUCGAAGAAGGAUCGAGUGGAGGCAUGCGAGAGGAAAUUGGAGGAGAAUCGUAUGCACAUGACCGGUGAAGCUAAACGCGCUGCGAGGAUGGAGAAGAAGUUGAAAGUGUUGACCGGUGGUUAUCAGACCAGAGCGCAGGUACUGACGAAGCAACUGCACGACGUGUGGGAGCAGAUAGAACAAGCGCAUCUCGAACUAUCGACAUUCAAGUUCCUGCAGACGCAAGAAGAGGCGGCGAUCCCUAGACGAAUAAACGGACUGAUGGAGGAUGUGCACAGGCAAACGGAGCGAGAACGCUCGUUGCAGAUGCAUUACGCCCAGCUGCAAGACCAAUUGCAGAAGAUUCGAUUGGAUCGUUCGUCUUAAGGACGCGUUUACAACGCUAAAUCCUCCAUCAGAGAAGUGAGGAACGUAUCACCGUUGAUCAGUCUAGUGGUCCCCACGACAAAUUCGACGUUCACUGAAAACAAAUU